GGAAAAUGUACGCAUCCAAAAUUGAUGUUUACAAAAACGUCGUAACUCACACUUGGACACUGAAUACAGAAUUAAUGAACUCGAUAGCCAAUGCCUUUGUGGUUUGUGGAGUGAUCUACUGUAUUGAUUCCAGUAGCGCCAAGACCACUACCAUCAACUUUGCUUACGACACAAAGACAGGAAAACAGUGGAACCCCAACAUACGGUACGAACGGGCGUACGGCGUCAGCUACAUGGUGAACUACAACCCAAGAGAAAAAGUGCUGUACGCUUGGGACUACAGACUUCAAGUUACUCACUCUCUUACUUUUAGAACAAGUUCCAAGUAAAUAGAGGAACUGACAAACACCAGAACGGGGAACAUUGCUGAUUGCUUUGCUAUUUUGUAGACGAUGCACUGAAAAAAAAGUUUAGUUCAGUACUUUUAUUGGAUGAUUUCUUUAGUCAUGAAGAUCUAAACAACAUUAACUAUCUAUUGAGAUUAUUUCGUUGACUUCAAAUAGAUCUUCGAAAAUCUCAAUGUGAAUUACGGAAAGAACAAGACGCAGAGUUUCUAACUCUGUGAGAACUUAUAUCUCCCCUCUCCGGUAAUAUUCUUUCAUGUUUUGAGAGAACGAUUACGAAACGUAAGAGCUAAAAUGACUACAUAUAUUGUCUGAGAAAAAGGUGAAUCAUGAAUAAGUCGGUAUGACGGCCUGAGGGAGAACUCACUCUUCUUUAAAUGAAACAUCUGUAUAACUUUGUAGGUGCCAAGGAAAAUCAACUGAAAUGAUUAUAAUGCUUUUAGCGCUGAAUGCUGAAAUAAAAUA